AGACUUGAACUGAUCACUGGAGCAAAAAGUCUGCAUCUUCUGCCUGGUCCUCCUCCACAUCUACUGCUGCAGACAUGAAUUUAGGUAUGAGUGUGUGUGUCCUCCUGGCUGCUCUCUUCAGCAGUUCCUUGAGUCUGCCUUCACAAACCACGUCACAGAAUACAGAGAUAGACCCCCGAGUGUCAGAGACCCUUGCUACGCCCUCUGAGGACAGUCACACUCGCCAGGUCCGCUCUGUGGGUUCAGAGCUGUCCCACGAUGAAACAGAGGCAAGCAACACCCUCAACCAGCUGCUGGUCAAGCUGCUCUCUAGGAAAGCUGCAGAGUCCCACCCACGGUCCUCCCUGAGCAGCAGAGCCAGCGGGCUGGCCCCAGGACACAGGAUAAAGGACAGAGACUACCUGGGCUGGAUGGACUUUGGGAGACGUAGUGCUGAGGAGUAUGAGUACGCCUCUUAAGACCUGUCUCCACCUACAACAUCAAUGACAGAAAUAAGGCCUUUUCUCACUGCACUUAACUCUAUUCCACAACACAAUGUAUCAAGUUAAUUCAUGUAUUCAGGGCAUAUAUACAUAUUGUAAAUGGCUAUGUUGCCAUGUUAUGAUACUAUUAUUCUAAGGAAAAAACAACACAGCUACUCAUAUGUAUCAUUAAAUUGUGAUUUAAAGCCUUAUUAAAUGUGUUUUAUUUUCAAAUGUGUUUAUGAAUGUAUCCUCUAGUGCUGCACAAUAUUCAAAAACUUUCAUUAUAUUGCCAGAUCAUAUAAAUUAGACCUUUAUAAUGUCUUGUAUGGGAUUCUCUUUAAAAAUAUACAAUCAGUGCAAAUGGGAAAAUAACCCAAGGUCUACUUUUAUUGUGGGUUUAAUAGUGUAAUGAUUUGCAUAGGCUUGUAUGUUCAAUAUAUUGUGCAGCCCUAGUUUUCCUCUUGAGGUCUCCAAUUUCCAAAUACAAAAGCACUGAAAGAGGCUUCAUUCACAUUUGUGGUACACGAGUGAACUAUAAAAGACAAACAAUUUUGAAAAUAUUAGUACUGAGAGAAAAGCUGGUAAUAUAAAGGAACUUUUCACUUUCUCUGCCCCAGAGCAGUCUGCCUCACAAUCUAAUAUUGUUACUUUUGGCCCGUUUUGUAUUGAGAGGCUGACGCUGAGCACCUCCUCGUUUUUUAGAGGAGCAGUGUAGUACAUCAACAAUAUGUGUGUUUGGAGUAAUUGAGGAGGGGACACUACUUUUCAUCAAAGCCAAGCCAUGCUCAUUAGAAACAAACAUAUUCACUACUUAUAUUUGCAUUUCAAAUAGUACCUGAAUGCUUAAAUGUGUUGUUGGAAACCUGCCUACUCAAAAAAGGUUCUUUAUUUAAUGAAAUGUCUCUAAUGUUUUUUGCGUUUUAAUUUAAAUAUGUAUAUUGUAUAAAUCAUGAAUUAUUUGGUGAAUACAAGAGUUAUGUCUUCACUUAAUCCAGGAAUCCAAUUCAUAAAUAAAACUGAACUGCCUCACUGCUA